AUGCCAGCUGCUGCAUGGUCAGAAACCCAUGUUGCAACUUGCGCAAUCAUGGCACCUCUUUCAUCGUUCCAGGUUGUCGAAUGCAAAACCAUCGAUGGCAUCAUCAUCAGGGGAAGGUUCUAUGCCGUCGACGGUAAAGGGCCGGCAAUUAUCAUGACUCCCGGGUUCAACUGUGUCAAAGAGAUGCUGCUACCUGACAUAGCAGAAACUUUUCAAUCGCAAGGUUUCAAUACCUACAUAUAUGAUCCACGGAGUAUUGGUGACAGUGAUGGCUCUCCAAAGAACCUCAUUGAUCCCCUUCAACAAGCAGAAGAUCUCGCAGACAUUGUCACGCACAUUUCUUCGCUUCCAAGUGUUGACUCGUCCAAGAUUACACUCUGGGGAAUGUCGUUUGGUGGCACCGUCAGCGCAUGCGCCGCCGCUGUAGACCGUCGCGUCAAAGCUCUGGUCAUGGUCUGUCCAAUUUUGAGUUUCUACCAAGCCGAAAAGCGCGACAAGGCAUUUUUGCAAUUGAUACGCGAUCGUCAAUCCCAGUUGCGCGGCAAUGAGCCGUUUAUGCUGCCGCCGUUCAACAGCAAGGGCGAGAAUCCGAUUGGAAUGGCAGGCUCGGGCGGGCCGGGCGGCAUCGAAGCGUACGGAUUCAUGGGUGCCGUCAUUGACCGCGGCGCUCCCAACUUUCGGAACAAGAUUGCGCUGCAGACAUAUCAGAAGCUGGCCUGGUGGCAGCCAAAGGAGAUUUUGAAACUUGUGGACAAGACGCCAGUCUUGAUGGUGACGCCCGAGCUAGAUACCAUGUCGCCCCCGGAAGAGCAAAAGGCAGCUUUUGAGCUGUUUCCGCAGACAAAGAAGUUUCUGGAGGCCAAGGGCAAGGGCCACUUGACUGUACUCAGUGGUGAAGGCUCGGUCGAGGUGGUUGAUGCUAUGACGGAAUUCAUACGGGAGAACGUGGCAGGCUAA